UUUUGGAAGUCCGGGAGGUCAAGACCAUCUUCUCAAUAAGACCGAGAGGGUGUUAUCUGCCCCUUCCACUCUUACUCUUUUACAAGGGCGCAGUGGAGCUUUCCAGAUGCUCCCUGAUCACAGCAGAGCGCAGGAGCGGGUAGGCCACUCCAGCUGCCCCUGGGAAGCCGGACAUUAAAGAGAGCUGCAGAGGUGUAAAGAAAUGCCAGUCUUCUUGCUAAAAAUCUUGUUCUUGCAGAAAACAUAGUUACUUCUUUAAAAUGCUAUUUAUGUCAACAUAAAUGGAUUUGUUGUUUUAAUGAACUAAUUUAUAAAACGUCUCAAGGCUGGUUGAACAGGGCGCGCACAGCCUGGGGGGUGGGCGAACUGGUCGGGAGGCGGCCACCGGGAGUCCUGGAAAUCUCAUUAAGCUUCCUUCCCCUUCCCCCCCCUCCACUCUCCUUCCAGAGAUCAUGCACGACGUCAUAAAGAAGGUGAAAAAGAAGGGCGAGUGGAAGGUGCUGGUGGUUGAUCAGCUGAGCAUGAGGAUGCUCUCCUCCUGCUGUAAGAUGACGGACAUCAUGACCGAGGGGAUCACAAUUGUGGAAGAUAUCAACAAGUGCCGGGAGCCGCUGCCCAGCCUGGAGGCCGUGUACCUCAUCACCCCGUCGGAGAAGUCCGUCCGCUCUCUCAUCAAUGACUUCAAGGACCCGCCGACCGCCAAGUACCGGGCUGCCCAUGUUUUCUUCACGGACUCUUGUCCAGAUGCCCUGUUCAACGAGCUGGUAAAAUCUCGAGCAGCCAAAGUCAUCAAGACCCUGACGGAAAUCAACAUCGCGUUUCUCCCGUACGAGUCCCAGGUGUAUUCCCUGGACUCGGCUGACUCUUUCCAGAGCUUCUACAGUCCCCACAAAGCUCAGAUGAAGAAUCCUAUCCUAGAGCGCCUGGCAGAGCAGAUCGCAACGCUCUGUGCCACCCUGAAGGAGUACCCGGCCGUGCGGUAUCGGGGGGAGUACAAGGACAACGCUCUGCUGGCCCAGCUCAUCCAGGACAAGCUCGACGCCUACAAAGCGGAUGACCCCACCAUGGGCGAGGGCCCAGACAAGGCGCGCUCCCAGCUCCUGAUCCUGGACCGCGGCUUCGACCCCAGCUCCCCGGUGCUUCAUGAACUGACCUUCCAGGCCAUGAGUUACGAUCUGCUGCCCAUUGAAAAUGACGUGUACAAGUACGAGACGAGCGGCAUCGGAGAGGCGCGGGUGAAGGAGGUGCUUCUGGAUGAAGACGACGACCUCUGGAUCACGCUGCGCCACAAGCACAUCGCAGAGGUGUCCCAGGAAGUCACCCGUUCUCUGAAGGACUUUUCUUCUAGCAAGAGAAUGAACACCGGAGAGAAGACCACCAUGCGGGACCUGUCCCAGAUGCUGAAGAAAAUGCCCCAGUACCAGAAAGAGCUCAGCAAGUACUCGACCCACCUGCACCUGGCCGAGGACUGCAUGAAGCAUUACCAAGGCACCGUGGAUAAGCUGUGCCGCGUGGAGCAGGACCUGGCCAUGGGCACGGAUGCCGAGGGCGAGAAGAUCAAGGACCCCAUGAGAGCCAUCGUCCCCAUUCUGCUCGACGCGAACGUCAGCACCUACGACAAAAUCCGCAUCAUCCUGCUGUACAUCUUUCUGAAGAACGGCAUCACUGAGGAAAACCUGAACAAGCUGAUCCAGCACGCGCAGAUCCCCCCCGAGGACAGCGAGAUCAUCACCAACAUGGCGCACCUGGGCGUGCCCAUCGUCACGGACUCCACGCUGCGCCGCAGGAGCAAGCCGGAGCGCAAGGAGCGCAUCAGCGAGCAGACCUACCAGCUCUCCCGGUGGACCCCCGUUAUUAAAGACAUCAUGGAGGACACCAUUGAGGACAAACUCGAUACCAAGCACUACCCGUAUAUCUCCACCCGCUCCUCUGCCUCCUUCAGCACCACCGCUGUCAGCGCCCGCUACGGGCACUGGCAUAAGAACAAGGCCCCGGGCGAGUACCGCAGCGGCCCCCGCCUCAUCAUUUUCAUCCUGGGCGGCGUGAGCCUGAGCGAGAUGCGCUGCGCCUAUGAGGUGACGCAGGCCAACGGCAAGUGGGAGGUGCUGAUAGGUGAGUGCGCCCACUCUCUGGAGGGAGGGGGCUGCUUCUCCGCACUCCGGCUCCAUUCCAUGCUUCGGUGUUUCAUUCUGUCCUGGACUCUCCACCGCCCCUGCCGGGCGCCGUCUCUAGGCCUGUUCGUGGAGGGCAGAGCUGAGGGGCGAGGGCGCCUUCCUCGCGCCUGCACCGCCUCGACGGGAGGCGGCUGCAUGCGGUGGGAAGGGCCGGGGCAGGCUCAUGGCCAGGCCCGCUUUCCGCUCUGCCACUGCCCCGUGGGUCACCUGGGCCACAUGCCCCACCUCUCCAGGCUGCCGUCUCCUUACCCAACCAAAUGGGGUUCAGGGCGCCCCCUAGAGCCUCAAACGACGCCUGCAGUGGGGCUCCUCCGUGUGCUGCCCUGGGCCUCGUGCCCGCGGUGCUCGGGAAGGCAAACCCUGACCCCCCUUACCUCUCGGUUGGAGGUGGACAGACUCGCGUGCGAGCGGAUGCUGCCGAAACAUCAGCCCGACCCGCUGGACUCUGCUAGGGGUCCCCCCGGCCCGGCCCCACUACUUUCUGGUCAGCCCCAUGCUUUCUGGGAUUUCCCGAUGGUUUUCCAGAGGAAAGGGAGCCACCCAAGGGCUGACUCAGUGGAGUACGGGGGUUCCUGGGAGCUCCUUUCCAUGCGUGCAGGAGCGCCCCCAACUCCUAGGGCUGGGAGAGAAAGGGGCCCGAGGAAAACCCUGCUUUCUCCGGAUGUUUGCUCCUCCGUUUUGUUACGGGAAAGAUGGGCUAUAGCGGCGCUUGCCCGGUGCCUCCUGACAGUAAUUGGCAAGAGGCUGUCAGCACGUAGAGCCCUGGCCAGGCCAUGUCCUCUCUCCUUAGCUCCAUAAGACACGUCAGUUUUCUGCCCCUCCUCGGAGUGAGAAGUCACAGUGCCCCCGGCUCUCAGGGGGCGCAGGUGCUACACACCAGCCCAUGGGCUCGCUCCUGGCGUGUCCAGGUGGCCUGGCCCUGCCAGCAGCCUUCUGGAUGCCACCAUUCAGGGGCAGAUUAGACAUCCUCCCUCCCUUCCCCGCUCCCUGAAGUUUCCCCGGUCUGGUCGCCAUUCUCCCUGUGUCUCCCUGUCUUCCCUUUUGUCAUGUGGCCCCCGUGACGAAGCUCUGUUCCCUGCUCGCGUAACUGCUGCAUGUGUGUGUUGGAUAAUUCUUAGCUCAGACACAGCUUUCCCGGGCAGAGGCUGUCAGAGCUGGGCCUGGGGGUAAAUCCCCACCUUCAGCUUCGGCCCUGACCUGCUGGGAGGGGCCCCGUUGGGAGGGGGUGGCCGAGGCAGGUAAGGUGGCCCACAGAUUCCCCGAGGGGCCUGGCUCCGCCCGCCCGCCUGCGCGUGGCCCCCCUGCUCCGUGCAUGCGGCCCCCUCGGUGCGUGUGCAUGUGUGCGCGGGCCCCACGCUUCCUCAUACCUCACUGGCUGCUAACACGUAGGCCUAAGUUGGCAUGUUCCUGUGACGUACCUUUGUUCAAGCAGUCAGCUGGCCUCUGUUCUCCCGCAGGUUCUACUCAUAUUCUUACUCCCACCAAAUUUCUCAUGGACCUGAGACACCCCGACUUCAGGGAGUCCUCUAGGGUAUCUUUUGAGGAUCAGGCUCCAACAAUGGAGUGAGAGCCAAAGAAACAAAGUAAAAGCAGCUUAUUACAGAAAAGAAACUCUUCCGCUCCGAAGGGUUUUCUUUGAUUAUUCCGUCACUCUUUUUCUUUCUCCCUUUUGAGUUUGUUUGUUUGAUUUCCUUUAACAAGAAAAUGCUUGCAGUUCACACCGAUUGAAAAUGUGUCCGAUGCGGCCCUCACGUCCCCGCCGCGUGGCAGGCCCAGGCCUCAGGCUCGCCCAGGCCUCAGGGUUUCCUGCUGCUCAGUCCAGCAGCUGCAGCCCCCAGGGUUUUAAACAGUGAGAAUGAUGCUCCGAGCAGCCCUCCCAUUCUGCCCAGGCUGCUUCCCGAGGGGCUGGAAGUGGAGGGAUGCCAGAGGUGCGGCGCCCGAGCCUGCUGGCUCAGGGA